AUGAAGUUCUCCUUAGUGCUGCCACUGCUUCUUGUAGCAACAAAUGUGGAAGGGAACUCGGGUCUUCCUCAUCCUCUAGCUCUCGCUUCCUCAUUUUCCCACAUCUCCCACCAACUUGACAAGAUAAGCAUUGGGAACUGCUCUCUCGCAAAUGUAUCCCUCUCAUUGAACGCGACAAAGUCACAACUUCCAGCCCCAUCCACGAACCUGACUCUCAAAUAUGUUGCAUUGGGCCGAGGAACACAGAACUAUACCUGUCCAUCGAAUGCUUCCUCAGAUUCCAAAACCAUCGUCAAGCCCAAAGCCACAGGAGCUGCCGCUACACUCUUCGACGCCUCUUGCAUUGCAUCGUCAUCUUUAGCUCUCCUCCACGAAGUUCCCGCACUUAUUAGCACCACUCCUAUUGGAUCUCUCGCGUUCAUGGCAACCCUUGUGGCCCAGGGAACGAGAAGUACCAACCUCAUCAUUGGCGAACAUUACUUUGACGCCGAUGGAGACCCGAUAUUUGACAUGGGACUAAGUGGCUCCAAGUCCUGGAUUGCUGCUAGCAAGAUAGCCUCUUCCCCAGCGCCAAAGUCAAACCCAAAAUCCUGCGGUGAUGUCCCGUGGCUUAAGUUGGGACACAAGAAGGGAAAGGGUAUUCAGGAAGUUUACCGAGUUGUGACAUCUCAAGGUGACGCGCCCUCUACGUGCGCUGGUCAAAACGAAACGAUUCAAGUUGAUUAUGCUGCAGAAUAUUGGUUUUACGGGUGA